AUGGCGCCACUAAUUCCAUCGCAAGAGGAGCUGCAGCGCCGUCGCAUCAUCGGCAUUAAUGCAGAGACCGUCACCAACAUCCCCUCCACGGACUUUCCGGGGCACUGGCCGGGAGAAUCACACAGUUGGGCGCUUGACAAAUUCAAGGAUAAUUUCCACGUCGAGUUUCACCGCAAUGACCCAUAUGAAGCUUCCUUCUCACUGAUCGGACUCGACGCCGCCGUUGCUAACGCUUUCCGCCGCAUUCUCGUGGCUGAAAUCCCCACCCUUGCCAUUGAAUACGUCUUCGUCCAAAACAAUACGUCAGUCAUCCAAGAUGAGGUCCUCGCCUCUCGUCUCGGCUUGAUCCCGCUUCAGGGCUCCGUUGAGGGUAUCAACUGGAUGCACUGGUAUCGCAAGCCCUCCGAAGAUGACGAUGGACCUGCUCCUCCGGGACCCAGCGACUUCAACACCGUCGUCAUGCACUUGGUCGUGGAGUGCACAAAGAACCCCGCGGCUGCCGAGGGCGAGACCGACCCGCGAAAGCUGUACCACAACGCCCAUGUCUAUGCGAAAGACAUUACGUUCUCCCCAGUCGGCCGGCAAGAGGAAUUCUUCACUGGUGAGGGCGCUAUUCGCCCUGUCAACCCGGACAUUCUUAUCGCCAAAUUGCGCCCUGGGCAAAAGAUUGACCUUGAAAUGCACUGUAUCAAGGGCAUUGGCGCCGACCACGCCAAGUUUUCUCCUGUCGCUACGGCAACUUACCGUUUAAUGCCGGAUAUCAAGAUUGAGCGCCCUAUCCUUGGUGAAGAUGCGAAGAAAUUCGCCAAGUGUUUCCCUCAGGGCGUCAUCGGGCUGGAGCCAGUUACCGCUGAGGAGGCCCGGAUUCAGGGAAGCGGAUAUGAGGGCCACGCCGGCGAAAUGAAGGCGGUUGUUCGGGAUGCGUUCAAUGACACCGUGAGUCGAGAGUGCCUGCGCCACGAGGAGUUCCAGGGCAAGGUUAAACUCGGUCGUAUUCGUGACCACUUCAUCUUCAACGUGGAGAGCACUGGGCAGUUUGAAAGCGAUGUUUUGUUCCUGGAGUCCGUGAAGGUGUUGAAGCUGAAAUGUGCUCGGUGGAAGCGCGGUCUGACUGACUUGAUGGCGUAA